AUGCUCCGCAUGCAGCACUCCCGGAAGGCCUCGCCAAGCGCCGGCGAGGCGAAACUCAUGCCGCCAGGCAUGGCGAGGGCUGGCAACGCUGGCGAGAGUGCCACCUUCACGGUGGUGACCGCCUCGAGGCCGCCUCCGGACUUUUUGCUUCAGACGGCGGAACUGCGGGGGAAGGGCAUGGUGGUGCCGUGGACAGUCAAGGCCCCGCUAGCGUGGUCUGCGAGCCCGGGGAAAGCAUAUCGAAAGUUCACAAAAGAACUGGAGUUAGGGUCGGGAUAUCUCGUCGAUGGAAGAGCGGGGUACGUUCGUAGAACAGGAGACAUGAACACUCACAAUGCCCGCCCGUACUGCACAUGCAGCCUAGUUGUAGAGCAAGCAAAGGGUGUACAGGAGGUAGAGCAAGCAAAGGGUGUACAGGAGGUAGAGCAAGCAAAGGGUGUACAGGAGGUAGAGCAAGCAAAGGGUGUACAGGAGGUAGAGCAAGCAAAGGGUGUACAGGAGGUAGAGCAAGCAAAGGGUGUACAGGAGGUAGAGCAAGCAAAGGGUGUACAGGAGGUAGAGCAAGCAAAGGGUGUACAGGAGGUAGAGCAAGCAAAGGGUGUACAGGAGGUAGAGCAAGCAAAGGGUGUACAGGAGGUAGAGCAAGCAAAGGGUGUACAGGAGGUAGAGCAAGCAAAGGGUGUACAGGAGGUAGAGCAAGCAAAGGGUGUACAGGAGGUAGAGCAAGCAAAGGGUGUACAGGAGGUAGAACGGUGUACAGGAGGUAGGGAGAUUAGCAAUAUCAGCGCGAUUAGGAAGACAAAGACAUAG